AUGUACGCUGGCAAGCUGCGAGCCAAGGGCCUGUUCUCCAGAGCCCUGGAGUCUGCAGGCAGGACCAACGCCAGCUGCAGCAUCCAGGCAGAGGAGGGAUUGGUUUCACGGAAAGAGAAGGCUGUUGUGCAGUGGCGACGAGAAAAACGUGUUCGCACGCAACUACACGAAGAGAGCUGUUGGUUCCGCAUGGCUCAGCCAUGCAAAGGCAGGAAUCGCAACGUGGAGGCUUCAUGCCACAACAGGGGCCUUUUCUCUGCAAUGCGGAAAGAGGCAAUGAUUGCCUGCUGCUUCCUAGGCAGCUUUCCUCGUCCAGGAGCUGUCCGGCUCAUUGUGAAUCUUCUUCUGGUUUGCAUCCUGCCUGCUCAGCGCUUUGCGCUCCAAGUUUUGGGCAGUACUGCAAGGCAAAUGAAGGCUCACAAGACGGUUCCCCUGGUGCUGCUUGUCCUGUUUUCUUUCCUUUUUGGUGUUUACCACGUGGGGCUGCUUGAAGAAGGAAGCCUCUGGAGGACCACAGCAGCGUCGAGGGCCUACAUCGUCUCCUAUUUUAACCCCGUCUGUCAACAGGAUGUUCAGAAGCUAAUUGAUGAAGCACUGGAGAAGCUGGAAUACAACCAAGUCGGGAUGCCCGAUUAUGCCCGCAAAUCAUCAGGGGCUACCGUCAUGCACUCCAAGACUUCUGGCUCCUUGCGGAAUACCAGAGGGAGACUCUUCUGGGCUGGGCUGCCCCUGCUGCACUCCAUGAAGUCUCCUGAGGUGAUUCUGGAGCCGGAAAAUCACGCAGGAAACUGCUGGUCUUUCCCCGGCAGUCAGGGUCAUGUGGUGAUCAAGCUGCCUAGAGCCAUCUUCCCGCAAGCGGUGACCCUGGAGCAUAUUUCUGUGAGAGUGUCCCCUGGAGAAAACAUCUCCAGUGCUCCCAGGGACUUUGCUGUCUAUGGGAUGAAGGCAGAAAGUGAGGAGCAGGGCACGUUCCUGGGAGAGUUCACGUACGUGGCUGCAGAGCAUCCCUUUCAGACUUUCCAGCUGCAGAACGAACGCUCUGACUUCAUACAGUACGUGAAGCUGAAGGUGCUGAGCAACUGGGGCCACCCGGAAUACACGUGCGUGUACCGAUUCAGGGUGCACGUAAAUCCCGUAGAGCUAGUAAGGGAGAAGCUUGGGGUGCGCAUCCACGAAGCGCUUCCGCCUCGCACGUGCCGUUCAAAACACCCAGGACCAAUGGAAGAGGCGAUCCGUAAGCACAGAUGCGAGUGGGUUCGAGCCGGGCAGAGCUGGCGGGACGGCACAACACGCCCCCCGCCGCCCCCCGCCGCCAUAUACGCUUAUAUAGAGCGUUUCGCACAGGCGAGGCUGGGACAAAGUGCCGUUUGCGAUUCUCACGCUGCCGGUCGCAGGGAGGGUCCGUGCCAUUAUGAGGAGGUCCUCUUCCAAAACAUCUCUGCAGUGGUGGUGGUGGUGGUGGUGGUGGUGCGACCAUUUAUUAUUUACCUGCAGGUCUAG